CCCAGGCCCGGACAGCAGCGGCCCAGAGGCCUCUGGGACAUAGGAAGUGCGGAGGGGCAGGGCACCGUCUACACCUUCCCCUACACUUGCGAGUGGUUUGACCCGCCGGCUCCUUACCUGAUCUGUUUCCCGGAAGCGCCCUGCGCCCCUUGGAUGGAGAAUCGAUUUAUGAAAUGAAGGGGUGGGGGUAGGCCAGCCUCCUGCCCAGGAAGAGAAGGGAAUGACCUCUCCCCCUUGGGAUCCUGCUCCCUCCCCAGCUGAGCCCUCAGAGGACCAAGGCCUGGCCCAGGCAGGGGGCCUGGAGACAGAAGCAAUGGCCCCUGGGAGCCACAGCCCCCCAGCCCAGGAGUCAGUGACAUUGAGGGACGUGGUUGUGGACUUCACAGAGGAGGAGUGGCACCUCUUGGAUCCUCCUCAGAAGGAGCUGUAUAAGGAGGUCAUGCUGGAGAAUGUCCAGAACUUUCUGUCACUGGAUGAAGUGACCAGGUUCGAAGUGAAUGAGACUGCUACCAACCUGAGCAUUUCUGUGGAAGAAUCUUGGCAGCUAAAAUUCAUGGGUGACCAUGCCCGUGACAUUAUGUUGAGAGAAAUCUGUGACUCUGAUGUCAAGAAAGAUAAAAUUCCAAAUACUCCCCAUGAAUCUGAUAAAGUUGGAAAGAGCUUCACACGAUAUUCAGUCCGAAAUCACUGUAAGAAAAUGACCUUGAGAAAUGACUGCUUUCUGUACAGUAAAUAUAGAGAAUGCUUUACUGAACAGGUAGAGCUUAAUCAGUCCCAUGAGAAGCCUCUUGAAGUGCAAAUCCAUCAAGGUAAGCAACAGAAAGUGGCCUUCAGCUUGAGUUCAGACAGCAUUAGACCUUGGAAAAGCUACACUGGAAAAAAACCUUAUGAAUGUAAAGAAGGUACAGCAACCAUAACCCAUCAGUCAACUCUUCCCUAUCAUCAUAGAUUUCAUAGUGAAAUGAAAACAAAUGGAUCUAACGUUUAUGAGAAUGUCCUUGCUUGGAACUUAGAUCAUGUUAGACAUGAGAAGAUUCAUAUGAAAAAGAAGCCUUAUAAAUGUAAUGAAUGUGUGAAGGCAUUCAGGUACAAAUCAGUCCUUAUUGUCCAUCAGAGAAUCCACGCUGGAGAGAAACCUUAUGAAUGUAGUCAUUGUGGAAAGACUUUUACACACAGCUCUACUCUUGCUAAACAUCAGAGAAUCCACACUGGAGAGAAACCUUAUGAAUGUAGUUAUUGUGGAAAGGCUUUCACCCAGAGCUCUCAUCUUACUGAACAUCAGAAAAUCCACACUGGAGAGAAACCUUAUGAAUGUAGUUAUUGUGGAAAGGCUUUCACCCAGAGCUCUCAUCUUACUGAACAUCAGAAAAUCCACACUGGAGAGAAAUCUUAUGAAUGUAAUAAAUGUGGAAAGACUUUCACACAGCACUGCAACCUUAGUAAGCAUCAGCGAAUCCACACUAGAGAGAAACCUUAUGAAUGUAGUUAUUGUGGAAAGGCUUUCACAUGGCAGACAGAUCUUGCUAUCCAUCAGAGAAUCCACACUGGAGAGAAACCUUAUGAAUGUAAUCAAUGUGGAAAGACUUUCACCCAGAGCUCUCAUCUUACUGAGCAUCAGAAAAUUCAUACUGGAAAGAAACCUUAUGAAUGUAAUAAAUGUGGAAAGGCUUUCACACAGCACUGCAACCUUAGUAAGCAUCAGCGAAUCCACACUGGAGAGAAACCUUAUGAAUGUAGUUAUUGUGGAAAAGCUUUCACAUGGCAGACAGAUCUUGCUGUCCAUCAGAGAAUCCACACUGGAGAGAAACCUUAUGAAUGCAAUCAGUGUGGAAAGACUUUCACAAAGAGAGCCUAUAUUGCUAACCAUCAGAAAAUCCACACUGGAGAGAAACCUUAUGAAUGUAAUCAAUGUGGAAAGGCUUUCACGUGGCACAACUAUCUUGUUACACAUAAGAGAAUCCAUACUGGAGAAAAACCUUAUGAAUGCAGUGAUUGUGGAAAGAAUUUUACACGCAGAUCUACUCUUGCUAGCCAUCAGAGAAUCCACACUGGAGAGAAACCUUAUGAAUGUAAUAAAUGUGGAAAGGCUUUCACACAGCACUGCAACCUUAGUAAGCAUCAGCGAAUCCACACUAGAGAGAAACCUUAUGAAUGUAGUUAUUGUGGAAAGACUUUCACAGAGAGCUCCUAUAUUGCUAAACAUCAGCGAAUUCAUACUGGAGAAAAACCUUAUGAAUGUAGUCAUUGUGGAAAGGCUUUCACAUGGCAGAAAGAUCUUGCUGUCCAUCAGAGAAUCCACAGUGGAGAGAAACCUUAUGAAUGCAGUGAUUGUGGAAAGAAUUUUACACGCAGAUCUACUCUUGCUAACCAUCAGAAAAUCCAUACUGGAGAGAAACUUUAUCAAUGCAGUCAUUGUGCAAAGGCUUUCACAAAGAGCUCCAAUCUUGCUAAACAUCAGCGAAUCCACACUGGAGAGAAACCUUAUUAAUCAAUGUGGAAAGGCUUUCACAUAGCACUUCCAUCUUGUUACACAUGAGAGAAUCCAUACUGGAGAAAAAUCUUAUGAAUGCAGUGAUUGUGGAAAGAAUUUUAUGCGCAGAUCUACUCUUGCUAAACAUCAGAGAAUCCACUCUGGAGAGAAACCUUACGAAUGUAGUCAUUGUGGAAAGACUUUCACACAGAGCUCUACUCUUGCUCAACAUCAGAGAAUUCAUACUGGAGAGAGACCUUAUGAAUGUAUUGAAUGUGGAAAGGCCUUCAAUCAUAGCUUGAAUCUUGCUGUACAUCAGAGAUCCACACUAGGGAGAAACCUUAUUAAAAUAAUGUGGAAAGACCUUCCUAUGCCACCCAAUCUUCCUGCAUAUCAUUCAGAGAAUCUACAUUGGAGAGAAAUCCAAACAUAAUCAAAGUUGUGGUAAAAUAAUGGAAUUUGGCAGAUGCCCAGGGGUCCCACCUGAUUGAUUUGUUAUUGUUUGAAUUGGUUGAGAAUGAGAGGCUAAGUACCUAUUUGGGGAUGAUUAGAUAUAGGCCACACCUGGCCGGCACUGAGGGACAUGUUGGUGUACUACUGACAUCAGCAGGGGACCACUCAGUUCCAAUUUGCAAACCCUAUCACUCAACUGCAAGCCCUGGGACUCAAACUCCAUAGGAUAUCAGGAGAUGACAAUUGUCUUUAUAGAGCCCUUGGAGACCAGUUAGAAGGUCAUUUGAGAAACCAUCUCAAACACAGACAAGAAACUACUAAUUAUUUGCUCAGUCAUAAAAAAGACUUUGAGCCUUUUAGAGGAAACAAUAUUCCCUUUGAAAAAUAUGUUGCUGAUUUUUAAAAAGCUUAUACUUAUGUGGACAAUGAUGUGAUAGUAACCUUUGCAAAACAUAACCAACUGAAUGUAAUAAUUCAUCAGUUGAAUAAACCCCUAUGGCAAAUUUGUGGUACAGAUAAAGCCAACGCUAAACAACUCCAUAUUUUCUACCAUAAAUAACAUUAUGACAGCAUUAGAAGAAUCAAUGAUAAUUUGGAAACCCCUGCCACUUUGGCAUGCAGAGAAUUGGGGAACCAGUUAAAAAAAUGUGGUGUACCCCAAACUCUAGCAAUAUAAACUCUUACCUUCAACAAGCUUUUCCUUCUACAGGUAAAGAACUUCUCCAAGAGCAUAUGGCUCAGCUUUCUGGCCUACCUCAACCUCCCCCACCCCUUCCCUUCCCUCUACUUAACCCUUGUUCCUUAAAGACAUCUUUUUUGUUUUUGAAAGGCAUUGAAAAGGCCUGGGAUUCACCACAUACUUAAGUUUCCUCAUGAGUACAAAGGUGUACUUAGCAAACCUCUUGAUUUUGUUUUCUUUUUAACUUAAUUUUGUAAACUGAAUUAAUUUCAAAGACAUUUUAAGUAUAUACCAUUCAACUCUGAUGACUUCAAGAAUCUAUUGCCUUGACUGGACUAAGGAUAAUCCAAUCAUUACAACUAAGGACAUAGGUGGCGCCAUUGGGCCUCAGAAGCUGAAGCUAUCACAAUUUUUUUUUUUGAAAGAACCAUGGGUUUAAUGAGUCUGUCUUUGGGAUUAUGUUUUAAAAAAACAAAACAAAUCAAAGGGUUAUUGAACCCUAUUGCUUGGUUUGUAAGGCAAUUGAUGAACAUAUUGAGUCUUGUUGAUUGAAGUUUUAU